AUGACUAAAAAAAAGAUUUUAAUGAUCAUUGGUGAUUAUGUCGAGGACUAUGAAGUUAUGGUACCAUUCCAAUGCUUGGAGAUGGUAGGUCACAUUGUGCACGUUGUCAGUCCGGACAAGAAAUCCGGCGAUUUCUGUGUGACCGCUGUUCACGAUUUCUUGCCAGGCGAACAAACCUACACAGAGUUGCGUGGACACCGUUUCAAGUUGAAUUUCGACUUUGCAGCUGUCAAGGAGUGUGACUACGAUGCUCUCGUUAUUCCAGGUGGUCGUGCACCAGAGUUCCUCCGUUUGAAUGCCAAGGUCAUCGAACUCACCCAGCAAUUCCACCACUCCAAGAAGCCGAUCGCAUCGAUCUGCCACGGACCACAGAUCCUGGCUGCCGCCGGUGUCCUCAAGGGAAUCCGUUGCACUUCGUACCCAGCUUGCAAACCAGAGUUGAUUUUGGCCGGUGCCAACUUCCAAGAUACCGCUGCCGACAAAGCUGUUUCCGACCACAACAUUGUCUCUGCAGUUGCAUGGCCCGGUCACUCUGAGUGGCUAGCAUUGUUCCUCGAGAAACUAGGAACAAAGAUAACUCUUUAA